UUACGUUCGUUUUUGUGUCUGAUGAUGAGUGAUCGAGAAACUUAAAAAAUAAAAAGUCAAAAGUAAAAAUAAUAAGUCUCUUGCCUUGACUUAAUUAAUCGUGCUGUUUGGUUUUAACAUAUUAUUUAGUCAGAAUGACAAUGGGGGAUGAAUUGCCUGUCACUUCUUUAGUUUUGCCUGUUCUUAUACGUCCUGUACUAUCCCAGCUAGAAAAAUAUGAUUUGGGAGCAUCACAAACUUUACGAGCUGCUCUUACAAAGGCUGAGGCUGCUGUGCCUGGGCUCAACUAUGACCUGGUGGCUGGCAUCAUGAGAAGAGCUGAUAUUCCUGUCAACAUGAAUGAAAGCUUACUCCGUCUCCAAGGAACACUGACUGAAGCUGAAUGUGCAGACCUUAGAUUGAACAGAUCAGAAGAAGCAUUUCAAGAAUUGAAUAAGAAAUCUGCUGCAUUGAAAAAAAUACUAAGCAGAAUUCCUGAUGAAAUCACUGACAGAAAGACAUUCCUUGAGACUAUCAAGGAAAUAGCAUCGGCUAUAAAGAAAUUAUUGGAUGCAGUUAAUGAGGUGUCAACAUACACUCCUGGCACCGGCAAGCAGGCACUGGAGCAAAGGAAGAGAGAAUUUGUCAAAUAUUCCAAAAGGUUCUCCAAUACACUUAAAGAGUAUUUCAAAGAGGGACAGGCUAAUGCUGUAUUUGUGAGUGCACUAUAUUUGAUUUACCAAACAAAUCAAAUCUUAUACACUGUGAAAAAUAAAUCAGAGUAAGAAGUAUUAUUUUGGAUGUUCCAUUAGAUAAAUAAUUAUGUACCUAUAUUAUUAUAUAGUUUGUAAAAGAUUUUUAUUGUUAAUACUGCUAGUUUAUAGUUAUAUUGACAUAAUUUCUAGAGUGAAAAAACAGUAAUAAAAUUGUAACUUUGUGUGCAACUUGUAAGAUAAUAUAAAUUUUAUGUACUAUAUUAUAUUUGGUGAUGGAAACUGACUAUCUCUUCUUACCUAAUUAAAUAUGAAGUAAGAAAUAGUACUAUAAUAUUGUAAUGUACAUUCUUUUACAGUUUAAUAUUCUUUAAACUAAAUUGAUACAAAUUGAUAGAUUUAGGCAUUCUACAUCAUCAUCAUUAUCAAGAGAUAGAGGUCCACUGCUGGUCAUGGGUCUUUUGUAGGGACCCUGCGACUCGUUUGACAUCGUCUGUCCACCCAGUGCGUGGUCUUCCGACGCUGCACUUUCCGGUGCAUUAGGCACGGGCAGUGGCGUACACAAGUUUAGGCCCAGGUAUGCAUUUAGGCAUGCACGUGGCACAUUCGAUACUACACGACCGUUAUACUAUGCGAUUCUAAGAAACCAUCGUCCAUAUUACUCUGUAGCUCGACCAGCGUUAAAAUAUUUAAUAAAGUAAGGGUAAGCAGUACCUUUUUGCAUCUCUGAAGUGCACGCCACUGGGCAUGGGUUAGGCAUUGGGUUGCUGACUUGCUGCAAUGCAAGAUUAUUCCGAGUAUAAACUUAAAAUUUCUCAGCAUUUAGUUGGGCGAGGCUUAAGUGGGUUAACAUUCCAAACGUAAGGUACAGAAGGUACGCUAUUUAUAUCUGAAUUUUAUUAAUUUUAUUUCUGAUUGUAUUUUCGGCAUUUGAUGUAAGAAAAUAAAAGUAAAAAGGAAAUCUUACUACUCUACGUACAGGGAAUAAAGGCGAGACGUCUCUGACCGUUUGACGUAGCGGGAACAUAGCGGAAAACCUGUAAUUUUAUUGUGUUGUGUAUAUUAAUUUUUUUAUGUAAUUGAUGGUAGAUCAAACUAUGUCGGUACUGCUGUGCCUAUUUCCUUGUAAAACAGAUUCAUACUUGAAGUUUUCAACAAAAAUAUAUUGAUCAAAAAUACAAUAAUAUGAAAACUUAUUGCUUCAGCACAUCUUUUUGACCUCUUGGCGGACAAUCGUGUGUGGUGGCGCGCUCUUGGGGAGGCCUAUGUCCAGCAGGCGACGCAAACAGACCAAUUGAUUCAUUUGACAUCUUUUUGAGUAUAAAUACCAGAUACAAGUGAUGUUAUUAUGUUUUAGCGGAAAUAUCAUUUCAACCAAAUUGCACUUUCGGCUAUUGUUGUAUUUAUGUAGUUAUUGUGUAAAAAAAAUAUUUUUUGUAAGUGGCACGUUAAUUUUGAUUUAGAAUUUAGUAAAAAAAUAAAUUUGUUUAACCUU